AUUAGUCUUCUUCUUCUUAUCACACAACAGCAGCCAUGUACAGGUCAAAAGCAGUCUCCCUGUCUUCUCUCCGAAACGCUUACUCAAAGAUCUCAACUCUAAGCGGAUCUCAGGUCCCAAAGAGUCAAUUCCCAUGGAAAGUCCGCUCCUUUUCUUCAAAACCAGAGUCUAUGCUUCAGUUACUAGUCGAAAACGCUUGGUCCUCUAAGGAAGUAGAGGAAGGAUUGAGGAAACCCGAUAUGCCUUUUUUAACCCACGAGACUGCAAUCUACCUUGUCAGGAAACUAGACAAGCACCCAGAGAAAGCUCACUCCUUUCUCAAUUGGGUCAUCAGAGAAUCAGGGCUUACCCCUAGCUCUCCCCUUUACAGCACGAUGCUGAGGAUCUUGGCGCAGCAGGGGUCCAUGAAACGGUUUUGGAUGACUCUGACUGAUAUGAAGCGAGGAGGGUUUUAUAUGGAGGAGGAGACUUACAAGACUGUUUAUAGUUUUCUUAACAAGGAGGAGGAUUCGAAGGCUGACGCUGCUGCUUUGGCUCAUUUCUAUGAGAGAAUGCUUAAGGAGAACGCGGUUUCUGAUGUUGCAGGUAGUGUUUCGGCUUCUGUUUCGAAAGUGGAUUGGAGUUGUGAGCUUGAGAGGGAGUUGCAGGAGAUGAAGCUCCCUUUGUCUGAUAAUUUUGUUAUCAGGGUCUUGAAGGAGCUGAGAGAACAUCCUUUGAAAGCUUUGGCGUUUUUUCACUGGGUUGGUGGUACUUCUUCUGGUUAUAGACACAGUACCGUUACCUAUAAUGCAGUCUUGAGGGUUUUGGCUAGGUCUAAUUCGGUUGCAGAGUUUUGGAGUGUUGUCGAUGAGAUGAAGACCGCAGGGCACGAGGUGGAUCUUGACACUUAUAUAAAGGUUUCAAGACAGUUUCAGAAGGUUAGAAUGAUGACCGAGGCGGUAAAGCUUUACGAGUUUAUGAUGGAUGGUCCGUUCAAGCCGUCUGUUCAAGAUUGUAGUCUUCUUUUGAGGUCCUUAUCGGCUGGUCCCACUCCGGAUUUGGAUUUGGUGUUUCGGGUUUCCAGCAAGUAUGAAUCAACUGGGAAGUGUCUCUCAAAGGCUGUGUAUGAUGGAAUCCACAGGUCUUUAACCAGUGUAGCGAGGUUUGAGGAAGCUGAAGAAAUCAUCAAGGCUAUGAGAGAUGCUGGUUAUGAGCCGGACAACAUCACUUACAGCCAACUCGUGUUUGGUCUUUGUAAAGCUGAGAGGUUAGAAGAAGCGCGUGGAGUUGUAGAUCAAAUGGAAGCGCAAGGAUGCUUUCCAGACAUAAAAACUUGGACUAUUUUGAUCCAAGGGCACUGCAAGAACAACGAAGUGGAUAAGGCCUUUGCGUGUCUUGCGGAAAUGCUAGAGAAAGGGUUUGAUAUCGACUCUGAUCUGCUUGAUGUCUUGGUAGGUGGGUUUCUUAGCCAAAACAGGAUCGAGGGAGCUUGCAAAUUCCUUAUGGAGAUGGUGAGAACUGCCAGUGUCAAGCCUUGGCAAACCACUUACAAGGGUGUUAUAGACAAGCUGCUGGAAAUCAAGAAGGGUGACGACGCGCUGGAUCUCUUACAGAUGAUGAAGAAGCAAAAUUACCCUGCCUAUGCAGAGCCUUUUGAUGGGUAUCUCGCAAAGUUUGGCACUUCGGAAGAUGCUAAGAAGUUCUUGGAUGUGAUAGGCUCAAAUGAUUCCCCUUCCUUCGCAGCCUAUUUUCAUGUUGUGGAAGCUUUCUACAGAGAAGGACGACUCUCUGAUGCGAAAGAUCUUGUCUUUACAAGUCCCCAUCAGUUCAAAAUACACCCCAAAAUCACUGCACUCUUUGGUGCAUCUUGAGCUAAAUCCUUGAACCUCUCUGGGGUAAUAUUCUUCAACACUUUAUUCUCGACUUAUGCCCAUUCAUUUCCUCUACGUGAUGCAACGCGUCGUAGGGUUAUGAAGAUGUAGCUUCCAGAAUUUUGAUUUUGUAAUGGAACUGAAGAAUGUCUACUUUCAUUCACGAAUGAUAAAAUUGAUUUUUUUCAUUCAGAGAAUGCAGUUAUGGAACUAAGUUUUUCACCUUAACUGCAGUUAUCUUCAUAAUUCAUUCCAUCAUUUGCAAUGGAAGUGCUGAAUAUGAAUUUGUGGACUCUUGAGUGAUGUUUUUUUUCGUUUCACCAUCGAUGUGUUUUGGCAAAACAUUUCCAAGAUGUGUGAAUUUGUUGAAUCCGUGUAAAUUAUCCUUUCAUUGAUUUGCUUAUGCCUCGCUAAAAUCUAAAAGUAUUGAGUCAGCACUACUUCUAAGAGCAAUUCAUCUGUAGUAUCACAAAUAACAUUUGUACCUUGAC